AUGAAGAUGAAAGCUCACUAUGUUACAGCUCUGGAGCUCAAAGAGGUGUUUGAGGCAGAUGCAGGUGUGAGGAAGGAGAAAGAAAGGAUCGAGAAGGAGAAAAAAGAAAAGAAAAAGCUAGAUGAAGAAGCUCAUAUUGCACACAUUCACAACAACAUCGCAACAAGAACAUUUGAUGGUCCCCUCAAAUCAUAUAAACAGAAAGAAGAUCUGGAAGCACUUGCCGGGGCACUUGAACUCUCAAGAGAUGGGAAAAUUGCUGAUCUUUCUGCACGGAUCGCAGCUCACUUGCAGGAUCCUGGCACUCAUCAAUCCCUUGUAGAAAAUCCUCAACUUUCAGCGCUAUAUGGUUUGAAAUGGCAUGGGAACCAUGGGCACAUCACUGCAUCUACCUCAACUUCAACUGAAAGCUCAACUUGGACACCUUCAGCAAGUAUUUCUCUCCCCCCAGCACCCAACAAUGUAUCCCCUCCACACAUGCUGUUUUUCUUGCAAAUACAAGGAUCCAUUCCAUAUUCAAAUUAUUGGCCAGGGCAACAUCACAUUGGUGCUGGAUUUUCACAAACUGCUCCAAGUCCUGUUGCAUCCAUGUCAUCACAACCAUUGCCAUCUGGGCAUCGUAAUAAUGAUGACAGUCUAUAUUACUCUGGUAACCUGCAAUACAUAUUUUAG